GACACCGUGGGAACCAGACAGGAGGCGGAGUGGAUGAUCAUCCCAGAGACGGAUACUCCACCACAGGAUGAGCACCCCUCCAGACAGGAAGUGCUGGAAAGUGUGACAUGUUUAGAAGGUCCCUGUGACCUGAUGGAGUCUGCAGAUGACCAGAUAUCACUGAUGACCGAAAACCUGAGCAGGAUCAUCAGAACGCCUGUGAACAUCUCCUCCUUGACCUUGGCUGAUCCCACAAUGAUAUCUGACUUAAAGGACCUGGAUGACAGGAUGCAGUAUGAAAUGAGAAAGCUUUUAGAUCGAAUCAGUGAAGAGGAAAAACAGAAGCCUGAAGCUGCUUCUUCCCUCUGCCAGGCUCUUCAUCAUCUGAAACAGCUCCGACAGCAGCUGGAGGACACUCAGUCAGCUGCUCAGGCUCUGGAUCACUUUCUGGCCACAGUGAGGGAAGUCGAGGCUGAGUUCCCAAACUUGUUGGCAAACCAAGACAGCAAAAGGCAGCAGACUGAGGCAGACCAGGAGACAGAAAUGCAGCAGAGGUUUCAGUCUGUUCUGGAACAAUCAGGUGGUGUUGACAGUGCUUUGAAAGCAGCAGGGCUGGUGUUAACCAUGGAUGGUACAAAUGUGACAUGCCAGGAUGUGGUGACACUAUUUAGGAAUGCCAGAAAGAGGAAAGACAAGGGAAAUGUACUGGUUCUUCAGGAAAAAGAGCAGGUGCAAGAUUAUAAAGAGGUGAAUCGAAUGGAAACGGAGCAGGUAAUGACAGGGGAUGUUUUACUGCAGGGGCAAGUGCAACAGCAUCCUUCUGCAAGUAGGAUGGAGGAGGAAUCAAUGUCAAAAACACAAAAGGAUCAGAAGGAUGGAGAGAGUGGUAAAAAGGCACAAAGUGAGGGACUGCAUAAGGCUCAAACAUGGAAGGCUGAUGGAGAAGCUGUAAAGUCCAGGAGCCGAAGAAGAAGACGAAGAACAAGAGAGGUUGAUAAAGAGGGAGAAGAGGAGAGUCUGGUUCAGAGGAGAACGGCCCUGAUAGAAUCACUGAGGGAGUUACAGGGAGCAGCUGAGCAGCUUGGUUUACAGGAGCCAACCCUACCUGCUCUGCAGAGAAGGACUCGUGCCUUGAUGGGGUUGGAGAACCGCCUUGCUGGUCAUCUGUCUGAGCUGCAGGACAUCCGAGAAACAUCACAAUCAGAAAACCAGGAUGUGGUUCAGGGAUUCUGUGAUUCAGAGGUGGAAAAUGUUUGGGACGUAACGACAAAAGCUAUAACUGAACGGCUGGAUCAAUGCCGCGUCCUAACAGAGCUGCUGAAGAGGUUCCAGAGUAUUCGUGGUGACAUAAGUGGUACUCUGCAGAGCGCGGAAAACACCAUCAGUGAACAGUCCUCCUACAUGGGAAAGGAGAACCUGCAGAGACUCCACACUAAGGUCCAGGAGGUUAAAGCAGAGCUGAAUGGCCUUGGGGACAGGAUUGAGGAGGUGCGAAGUGUCUGCAGGCAGCUUUACACUCAUUUACGUCAGAUUCCAGACUGUGUUUUCAUCCCAUUUGAAGAAGAGGCUGAUGCUCUCAUGGACCGUUGGCUGGAUAUAUCAGAAAGAGCAGAUUCUCAUCUUGAAAACUUACACCUCAGCCUGACUCGCUGGGACGGAGUUCUCCAGCUGGGGGCGGAGGUAGAGAGCUGGACCAUCAAUAAACUAUCAGUGUUUGCUCAGUCUCCAUCUUUUCAGACAGAGGAGGACAUUAAGGCCUUGCAGGAUGAGAUUGAGGCCCAGGAGGAGAGUAUGGAGUGUUUCUACCGAAGAACCAUUGAAAUUCAGGCACUGCUUCAAAGUACAGAGCCCCCACUGGAGCUGCAGGUGGUAGAGCACCAAAUGAAGAAGAAGAUGGAGGAGCUGAAGGAGCUUGUUUCUGAAGCUGUGGAUGUUUAUAGGGGGAUGGUGGCUGCAAAGGAACAUGUAACUAACAGGAUGACUGAAUGUUUUGAGUCUCUACAGAAGAUUCAGGAUUCCCUCCUCACUCUCGCUGCCCCAGAUGCUACAACAGUACUUGCAAAACUCAAGGAUCUGUGUUUGCAGCUUCAGACCCAUGAUGACCAGAUGGAGAGUCUACAGGAGGAUCUGCAUGUCAUGGCUUCUAUAGUGAGUGUAGACAGCCUACAGAGUCUGUCUGAUGGAUGGAACGAACUGCAGGACAAAGUCAGAGCCACCCAUCAGCUCUUCUCUGAGGUGGAAGAACAGACACACAGGAAUAUCUGGACUGUGGACAGGCUGCAAAGAGAACAUGAGCAUUUGGAACAACGGCUGAAAGCUGCAGAGGAUCCAGGUGUCUUAAAAGAAGUAGUUCUGGAAGAAAGGGAAAGGACAGAGGCCUUCAGUCUUCUUGUGUCACAGUUAAAAAGCAGCGUAUUUCAGCAGUCUGCGCUGAUUGAAGAGAGUGGCAAACUGCUAGAGCGAUACCACAGCUUUGAAGCAAACAUACUAGGCAACCCUGUGGAGAAGCAGAAACCUUUGAGUAAAGAUACAGACGCGGUUCAAGCUCAACUCUGUGUCGGAGAUGUGAGACAACCUGAUGCUCCAGUCUCUGGAAAACCCAGUACCCAGAGUCCUAUAGAGCAGAGACUGCAACAUGUUAAAGAAGAAGCUACAGAGGGAAGGACAUGUAUGGAAGAGUUCAUAGUUACUGGGAAAAGUAUGAGCCAAAGACCAAGAGAUGAAGACGACUCCAAGCAGGAUUUUCAGGACACACUUCAGAAAAAUGAGAUGCAGGGGAGGAGUUUUCUGCGGUCAGUUCAGCCUCAAUGCAGGGAUCUUCAAGCAGCUCCAGAGCGUACGUCCUUCAAUCUGACCCACAGACAUGAGGCCCACCGCAGAGCUGAGGAGCUGCAGAGGCAAACUGCUCAGCUUCAGACUUUAUUCCCUUGGCCCGGAAUGGCUCAACGUAAACAGACCUGCUUUGUGGCUCAUCAGCUGCGGGAUGAAGCUGAAACUCUGCGAUUAAUGAUCACAAACCUGGAUGAACAGAGGAUGGAAGCAACCGAGCAAACAGGUGACAGCACCUGGACGGACUCGUCUGUGCCUGAGCUGGAGACCUGCAUGUCAUCGCUGGUGGAGGAGUUGAAUGAUGUAUGUUCCCAUCUGGAGGAAGGUGUGUGUAAUGAGGAACAUUUUGGCCAGUUACUGCAGGACUGCAGCUGUAAAUUGACAUCUCUGCAGGAAAAGAUGUCAGCCUGUCAGACUCAGAGAGAUGAAGCAGCUCUGGAGGCUUUGCUACAACAAGUAACAGACACAGAAAAUGACCUUUCACAACUUGCAACACUCAAGGACUCCAUCACCAGUUUCACAGCCGAAGCUCACGCCAGCGUCUCCCAGCGAGUGGGUAACCUCCAAAACCACAAGAGGGCACUAGACAACAACAUCAGAGAACAUCUCACUGUGCUACAAGAGAACAGAAAGCAGAAAGUUCAACAAGUGGAAGACGAGGCCUUAUGCGUCCAAACUGCACUAAAGAACCUGUCUGAUGAAAUGGACACUCUGUGCUGGGACGGUGAUGUGGCUGAUAUCAUCAAACUCAAACAGCAGUGGUGGACGAUACAGGACUACGGCACCAGGCUGACCGAGUUGGAUAGAAGAGUUUAUGAGCUGCAGAAAACUGGAGAGUCCAGCACGACAGAUGAGACACUUCCUGCAGAUGUUGCUAAAAAUAUUGACAGCCUCAGGUCCAUUUUUCUACUUAAGCAACAGGACUUUUCAGAAAUCAUUGCUAACAGGGUGAUGCAGGUCAUCAGCCAGCUGCAGCAGUGGAGACAAACAGUACAAGCUGAACCACCAUCAUCAUCAUCAUCAUCAUUCAGCCAGACAGCUCUGGAUGAGGGGUUGCGUCUUCAACAUACUCUUCGUGAAGUGAUCUCAGAAAGAGGUUUUCUGCUUAACUGUGUGGGAACAGAAGUGGCAAAGACACUGGAGAGAAGAGCCUCAAAUAUUCUCAGUGACAACACAUCUGCACUUAAAACUUUGUCCAAACAGCGGCUUGCUCCAGGCCAUGAUGAAAUUAAAUUGGAUUGCAAAGAUUUGCCAGACAGAGCAAUUUCAGCUCCACCAGAUGAAACUACAACUGUUACUAUUACCACCCUCUCCUCUGCAAUAGACUACAGUAAAAACUUGACAAGUAGUCAGAAUGACAACAAAAUUAAACCCCAAAAGCCUUUCUGCACUUCAGAAAAACACCCAUCCUGCCUUCAGGCUGUCACAGACACAUCAGCAGGGGCGAGUAGAAAUGCUGAUAGUCCAGAACAGGAUCAAGAAGCAGAGAUUUCAGGCAUUUGUCCUGCAGUGAGCCUUAUGCAGACAACCAAAGAGGAUGCCAAUGUCCCUAAUCCUGACCCAAAUGCAGAAAUUAGACAGAAAUCAAAAACCCAGCAUGGACUGUUAAUCAAGAGUCGUCCAAAAGCAGGCGUCUUCACUGCUCAUAUCUGUGUCGCUGGAAGUGAUGCAGAGCCCUUCAUGUCAGAUGGUUCCCUUACUUUUAAUAACAGUUUAAUUACUCUGCAGGAGAACACUGAACCAUUGCAGAGAGACACCACCUCAACCCUGGAGGCCAACAUAUCACCUGAUAAAUCCUUAAGUAGUGAGGCCAAGACCGAUGGCGUUCCAAUACCUGCUCCUCAAAAUGUAUCUGGACUUGUUGCAAUUACUGAUCCUGAAGAAGAAGAGAACAUCUAUGAUCAAAUCGAUUCAUUAGGAUCCAUAUUACCAUGCAAACAAAGCCAGGGAAACCUCAAAUUAACCCCCAAUGAGGUGUUACAUUCCUCUAAAUCAUCCAGCCCUGUUGCAGAAUGUCAGCCUACGCAUGCAACAGAAACAACAUUUCUCUGUGUCAAACAAGAGGAGACGACAGAGUCAUGUCAUGUUGAGGAGCAAACAAUGAGCCCAGUCUUGUGUACAGCGGAUGUUUCUUUGCAAACAGUGGACGGUGAUGCCUUAACAGAAACACUGAUGUCUACCAGUGACAAUAAACAACUAAUGGUUGCUGACGAAGCACAAGACAUGGAUGCAGGACAUGUACAAAUGGCAAAGGCAGAAAACACACAGCAAACAAGUGACACUGAAUGUGAAGAAAAAGAACUUGAACACGACACCGAGGUGACACUAAGACAGCUGCAGAACUCAACAGAUAUGGAGCCGGAGAGGACAGCUGUGGGAUUGGCAGCUCAGCCGGGGGCCCAGGAGUCGACAGGUGGAUCCUACAAACACAAGUUCACCAUGCAGGAUAUUUUGUCAGAGAUUCAGAGCCUGGUGGAAAGUAGUAACAUUAUAAAUAGGACACCACACACUGAUUUAAACUGGUACCUGAAGUCUUCUCCAAGCGAACGGGAGAUUCAUUUAAUACGAACAGUCCAAAAUGUCCUGGCAUGUCGCUAUCAACCUGCACAACUCAACAUCACCGCUAUGGCCAAACAACUGCACGAGGCAGAGGAGCACAGACGCUGUGUUCUGGAACAAGUGGCCACCAUGAACAAAAUGAGUGCUGCCGAUAUCCAUGAAUCAGACGCCCUGAAGAGCUUUGAAGGACAGUGUAGCGCUGCAGUGUUGGACGCCUCGGCCACGGUGCAGGUGAAAACGGCACAGCUGGAUCAGGUCAAACAGUACCACAUGCAGCUGAAGAUCCUCAGAGCGUUCCUUCAAGUUGUGGCUGCAGAAAAGGAAAAAAUGAGCCUAAAUAGUUUGGGAAGCAGUGAACUUCAAGCUGAAAAACUCAAUGUUCUGCUGCAAACUAUGGAGCACAAAAGAAUCAUGAUGAAGGAGCUUCUUCACUUAAGUGGCCAGUUGUCGGUCCACUUGAGCAGCACUGAAAGUUCAGGUGCUCUUCUUGCCCAUCUUGGGGAUAUCCAGGAGGAAUGGAGGCUUUUAGAAGGAGGCAUCAAGAGAGCUCUGCAGCACGCCUCAAACUCUACCUGUCAGUCGGCUGUUCUCACAAAGGAAGCCAAACAACUUAAAGCCAGGCUCGAAACUCUGCUAAAUUCCAGUGUUUUAUCGCAGCCAUCCUCAACAGCCAAUGACUUCAAAAGUACUUUGGAGUUAGUCUGCAUGACGACAGACCUGAAACUAUAUAAUCAGCUUUAUCUGCAGUUACGCUCACAGUCAAAUGCUCUUUUUCAUUUCUCUCUGGGUCAAAAAGAGAAGGAUGAGGUUAAAAGUAAUCUUCAGGAAGUAGGCUCUCUACUUAGUGUCACUAAGACGAAGAUUGAGACUCUCUCAAAUGACUGCGGUAACGUUUCAUCAACCAAAAUCAACAAGCAGCUCCAGGACUUGAUCACAUGGGCCAAGCAGGCAGAAAACCACAUCUCCACUGGGAAAAAACUGGCCCUUUUUCCAGAAGAAGCUCGCAUCCAGAUUGUGGAGAUGAAGAAAUUCCAGACUGAUAUUUUGUCAAGGCGCUCCAAGAUGCAACAGCAAGUUGAAGAAAUUAAAGCUUCAGAUUUUGACGAAGAGGAACACGACCAAGUGCUUAGUACAGUCGAAGAAUUGUAUGAAGCUAUUUCUGACAGUUUGGCUCAUGUUCUUCAAACGAUGAAGAACAAUCUGCAGCAGAGGGAGAUGUUGUUAUGCCAGCUUGCUAGCAUAGAUACUUGGCUUUCAGAGAUGCAUGCUAAAAGAGAUCCCUGCGCUCAUGUGGAGAACGUUUCCAAAGCUGAUAUCAGAAAUCUGGAAAAUGAGCUGAGCCUUCACAAACAAGCCACUAUGGAGAUCGAGAGGCAGCUUAACCUGUUGGAGACAGUGGCAGUUAGUUGCAAGAAAAUUGCAGUGGAUCUGAGUCCAGGAGAGAGUCGCUACCUUGUGAACCGAGUAUCAGGACUUUGGACGGAGUUAGAUGGACUGCUGGCUCAUGAGAAAGCAACCAGCUGGGAAUUAGAAGAGCUGAUUCAUGAACGGACCUCUUCAGAUGACGAGUUAUCCGCCAUCCAGAUGAGCUUAAAGCAGAUUUCUAGUGAUCUGGAGCGGCGAAGGUUCCCUCUAACACAGGAAGCCCUCAGAGAAAUUGGACUUUUGAGACACAUGCUGACUGAACAUCAGUGUCAGGUUCAAGAGCUUCAGCACUGUCAGGAAGCCAAACGAAGCUCUGUUUUGGACGCCAUCGGGGAACUACAAGACAGGAGCAAAGCGCUUAGUAUUCACGCCUUUGAGCAAGACAAAUAUCUGCGUCUGAGGAGACAAAUGGAGAAGUCUAGGGACAUUGCCAAGGAGCAAAUCCAACGUGCUAAAGAUAAAACAAUCAGUAUUGGUGAGAGGUUCAGACUCUGCCAAACACUUCUGGUUGAACUUCCUUUAGUAAAGACACAGUGUCAGGAAGCAGCCGACCAAUUGGAGGCCAUAGCUCAAGACCUCUACCCGUCAGAGCUCAACGCAGAGAGGCAGAGGAUUUGCUGCAAUGUGGAAACUUUAGUCUCCUGGGAACAUUCUGUUACAGAUGAUAUCAAAAACCUAGAGGCCAAGCUUUUGCUGGGUCUGCGGUUUGACUCUGAGCUUCCUGCCUUAAUAGAGCUUUUCCAAAAAACUAAAGUGGAACUAGAGGAAGCUAAACCAUUAAAUCCAGAUGAAAAAGCCAUAGAUGUUCGACUGCAAAAGUACUGGGUUAUCUGGAGAAAUAUGGAGUCUGGGAUGAGGGUGUUGGAAGCCUUGGCACGUAAGGAAAAAAAGAACCUGAGAAACAACAAGGAGCUGUACUCUAUUAGAAAUGCAACUGUCCAAGAAUGUCAUUUACACAUGGAGAGUUUAUCCCAGGCUCGAGAGUCUCUGAAGGAUUACCAGUGGGCUGCUCAAGGAGCCAUAGGCUUCCUGCAUAAUGCUGAAGCCACCUUCCUAUCAGCUCCUGGAGGGUUUCUGGACUGUACAGAGGAACAGAUGCAGACCCACCAGGCUCUAGAAGCCCUAGAGGAUGGAUUUCAGGCUCAUAUCUGCCAUCUUGUCAAACUGGUGCCUCAGCAGCCCUGCCUCUCCAGCCCAAAGACCAAGCAACUUCACAUCCAGAUCCUCAGUCAGCUUUUGGUGGGAAGGGCUGUGCUGGAGGCCCAGGCCCACCUCCGACUGGAGUCCUUACAGAGGUGUGCUAUAAGCCAGAAAAGACACAGGAGCUGUCAUGAAGAAAUACAGCAGCAUCUCUCAGGGUUUGAAGCUAAACUUUCUGGAUGCGCUGCAGAACAUGUAGCAUCAUUUGACAAAUGUGUCGCCCAACAAGAACGAGCCAAGUUACUGAUGCAGGAUCUCCAGAGACUCGCUGGGAACAUUGAAGAGCUGAGAGCCGGUUGUCCGAUGCAGGGGUGUGGGGUUGGAAAGGACGGUGAGCUGGGUGCCCUCUGGAGGCGAUGGGUGUCAUUAAGACGAGGUGUCGGCCUCCUGUUGGCGCACACAGAACAGAGAGGAGAAGAAUGGAAAGACAUCACCACCAGUAUGAAGCAGUGUUGCAGCUUUCUGGCCAGUCUUCAAGCUGAGGUUCCUGACUGCUCUGCUGUGAGCUUCACUCAAGAAGAGCCCCAGGAGCUUCUGGCCCAGGCCGAAAUGCACCAGGCUGGUUUGGAGCAGGAGCAGCAGGCCUUAGCGUCCCUGGAGCAUCGCCUGGAGCACGCCCUAAGCUUGUCCAGGGCCCAGGAUCCCAGCAGCCCUGGGCCUGUUGGCAAAACACUAGUAAAGAUUAAAGAGAACGUCAGGAGCCUGGAGGAGAGGAACCUGCUGGUGGUAGCUGCAGCCCAAGCAGAGGAGAAGGAAAGACAGCAGGUCCAAGACAAGUUAAAAGAGUUGGAGAAUCACGUUUCAGGUCUUCUGCCAAAUCUGGAAAACUGUUUGAAUCCAGGCAAACAACAGGAGCUCGAAAAAGAGUUGUCCUCCCAGAAAGCCAAGUUAAAACACAUCAUUGACAGUGUGCAGAGUCGGUACGCCCAGAUCCCAGCUGAUAUCUGCAGACGGUUACAAGAAGUUCAGCUGUCCAUACAGAAAGUAGACGAAAAGAUCAUGCAGAGGAACGACCAGUUUCGGAGGUUGACUGGUCAAGUGGCAGAGUUGAGUUCAGGACUGAACAGAGUGAAAGCUUUACUGGAGCAGAGGAGUCCAACUGUUACUGAGGCUCAAAAGGCACUCAAGCGUGUGUGGGAUGAACUUGACACAUGGCACGGCCGUUUGAUGCUCCUGGAGAACGAGGUCCAGGAUCUUGCGGAGGACCUGCCGGAUCAAGCUCAUCUCCUUAUGGACCAGCUCACACAGCCUCUGCAGUGUUACCAAAAUGCUGCACAGAUGGUGGAGCAUCACACAGCCUUCCUCAGCAAAAUUCCUGCAUGUCUUCAGGAGUUUGAUGAUGUUCUGCACAGAGCCACUGGCUGGUUGAAUGAGGCUCGGUCUUGGCUUAGUGCUUCGUGUUUGUUCACCACAGCCAGAAGCCUCCAAAAUCACACCAACUCCCUGAAACUGCUGCUGGACGACUCAGACAGGAUCAGACACACGCUGCAGGAGUUCAGUCCAGUGUUGGCUGAAAUCUCUGCUGUGUGUGAUAUAAGCUCCCAGGAAAAGAGGCUGAACGACACUGACCAGCAAGUGCACAGAAUGCAACAGAGCAUUGUGCAGCCGCUGGAGCAUCUGCUACAGGCUGCUGCGGUGGUGGAGGCUAUGGAAGCUGAAGUGAGGACCAUGGAGAAGAAUGUUUCAAAGAUUAAAGCAAUUUUAUCCUCUGUGGACAACGACUGCAUAAGUCAGGCAGAGCAUCUUCACAACCGACAGGUGAUCCAGGCUAACAUGCAGUUAAUGAGGAGGACGCUGAAGGAAAUGGAGAGGUGCAAAGGAGAGCUGGACCUCCCACAGGGGUCUGAGGAGAGCCUGGUGGUCUUCAUCAAAAUCCGACCGCUACUGCAGCAGCUUGAGGAGCUGGAGGAACUCUGUCAGCAACAAGCUGCGCUGCUGGAGAACAACAUCGCGGAGGGAGAAGGGAGUAUGAUGUCCAUAUCCAACCCUCCUGGAGAUACACAGCAGGAAACAUUUGAGGUGUCUAGUUCAGAGGAAGAGGAGGAAGAUGAUGAGUGUUGCCACUCGUCAUCCUCUGACACACUAACAUGCAGUAUCCCUGAGGACCCAGAGGAGACGCUCAGCACCUCAGACAUGGAGAGAAUUACUGAAUUUGAGCUACAUCCAGACGUAGAGGUUAUGUCUGCUCAGUCUUGUUCUGAAGCUGGACUGGUACCUGUGGAGCCUGGGCUUGAUACCAAAGAGUCAGGAUGUGAAAAAAUGGAAGGUGGAAGUGAUUUAAUAGCAAUGAAAACCAGACUUUAUUCCAAAGCUGAUGUUGGCGAUACGACUUCACAGUCUCCUCAGACAGCAGCUGCUGUGGAAGGAACAAGACUCAUCCCCAAUAGGCCUGUAACUCCUUUUGCUGCAGCCACUGCAUCAUUUGAGAUCACAGACGAGGAGGACGAACAUCCAUUGUUAUCAACGGCUUCCAGUCAGCGUCUGGACACACUAGAUGAGUGGAAGGAGCAGACUGAGAACAAGGGCAGUCAUAGCAAUUUGGUAGAAAAAUCCCAACAAGAACAAAACUCCUUGGAAGCAACAGUCAGGUACGAAGAUGAGGAUGAAGAGCAGCAAAAAUGGAGUCAACUGUAUACACAAAUCUCUCAAAAACUCACAACUCUGAAAAAGGUCCAGGAGGAACUUCAGAUGAUGGUUCCAGAGAGGGAGAUGGUCUCAACGGGAUCUGCCUCUGCCGUCCUCCAACAGGCACAUGAGUCCAUCUCAAUGCUGACACAAACAGUACAAGUGAACUCCACAGAUGGUUCAGUUAUAGAGAAGGAUUUGUAUGAGGCCCUGCGUAGGGUCCUCCUCUGUCUGGACGCAUUGACUGACCUUCUGUUGACGCCUGUGGGAGCUGGUGAAGACGACCUCCAGUUCAGGCUGCUGCAUCAUGAGUGUGUAUCAGCUGAAAUGGCGACACUGACUGACCUGCUGAAUAAAGUGGAGGCGCUGGAGAACAGACCUGCAUUUUUGAGGGAUGGUGCAGAUGCAUCCCUCUGUGUUGCCUGCCUUCAGGAAUGUCUACAUACAGCACAGCAGGGUGUUGGACAAUCCCACAGUCAGCUUCUCACACAACUGGGCCUCACAGACCAACAACAGGAGAUGUCCUUGAACCACCUGUGUGUUGUGGAUGAUAUUGAUCUGGGACAAAGUGACAUGUUUCCGAGUCUAAAGAGUGCUCCUGAUUUGAAGUGUGUGUUGGGCCGACAUCUGAGAGAAAGUCCAGGGGAAAAAGCCAAGCUACAGGAAGCUUCCCAGUCAUUGCUUCGGGGGAUAACUCGGCUCCUGGAACUGGGUGAAGAGUGCAUAACAGAGGGCCAGACGAGCAAAGCGCACAACCGCAGCCAACUUCAAGCCACUCUCUGCAGACACAAGAGGCUCCUGCAGGUCCUUGGUUCUCAGUUGGCUUUUGCACAGUAUCUUUUCCAACACGAGCCAGAAGCCCUGAAGUGUCAAGAGGAUGACUGGGUACAGCUGGGAAUCAGGGCCAAAGCUUUGCAGCAGAAGGCUUUGGAGGAGGAAGUGGCUUCUCAAAGGAGGCUCCAGGUCUGGACACCAUGGGAGAGUAAUUGUGGUCAACUGGGAAGGCUGCUGGAUGAGUGUGAAGCCGUGAUCAACAGCGGGGAACCAGAGGGGAAUGAUGAUGAGUUUAAAGUACAGCAAAGAAUAGAAGCCUGCCAGAGAACACUGACCCAGCUGGAUGAGAGCAGGCCAACUUUAGGGCUGAUCCUGGAUCAGGGUGAUGCGCUGCAGACCGAUUCAGUCACCCAGACAGGAGGCGCUCUGGAGCUGCGAUGGCGAAGCAUCUACAGGAGGACGGAGCAAGAGAUGAAUAGCUGUAGAGAGAUCCGGGAUAGCUGGGCCAGAUUCCAGACAAACUCUGAUUCAGUCAGUGAGUGGCUGGACGGCGCCAACAAACAGCUACAAACAUGGACCGACCUGGCCGACACUUCUGACCUAAAACAGGAGUGUGUUCACAGCAGUUUGAUCAAGCUUCUGGACUUUUCCAUGGAGGUUGGAUCCAUGUCAGUCCAGAAGGCGUCUGCAUCCAGGGAGGCCACUCAGCUGCUCCACCUGAUGGAAGCUGAUUGUCCCGGAAUCAGAGAUCAGCUCGGUAAACUGGAGGUCAUCUGGAGCCAGAUGACCUCUGACUUGUCCAAGACUCAAGAACAGCUACAGCAGCAUCUGCUGGCAGGAUGGCCACUGCUGGAGCUGCUGUCAGACCUUGAACACUGGAUCAAGAAGGUAGAGACAAGACUAAACAAAGACAAAGAAGCGACAGUGACGGCCAAAGAUGCUGCUCAGAUCAGUGAAAUCCUACAACAAUACCAGGAGUUAAAGGCAGGCAUAGAUAAUGGACAAGUCCUUCUUGAUUUCCUGUGCCAGUCUGGGCCUCAGGCUGUGGGAGUAGAUGUCCAGGCCAUUCGCUCUGAACGAACAAUGUUCGCAGAGCAACUUGGUGCCCUCAGGCUGCGUUGGCUGGACCUCCAAGGGGAGCUGAAGAGUCAGAUUAAUGGAGCUGAACAGAUGCAUCACACUUGUGCAGACAGGGAGAGGAAGUUACAGCAUCUUCAUAACUUAACGGAGCAGCAGAAAAAGAAACUAAAUCAGUGGAAACAGCCCAUCAGUCAAACUCUGGCCCGUAAGGCUCUGCUAGAGUGGGAGGCUGUUGGGAGCAAAGUGAAGGAAGUGGCUGAAGCUGUGCAGGAGGUGAAAGCCAUACGUUUACAGACUGGGAAUGAAAAGGAGCACACUAGUGACUCGUACUUCUCUGAACAGGGACAGAGUGUCAGUCAUGCCUGUCAGGAUCUUAUUCAGCAGAUGGAAGGCCUGAAACCAGUCAUACAACAGACUGUAGAGGAGUGGAGUUGUAUUCAGAGGGAAAUGAGUGAGAUUUCUUCGCACAUCACGAAGCAGCACUGUGCUCUGGUGCAGCUCAGAGCUCCUGUGUUCUCUCUAAAGCAGGCAGAAGGACACCUACACCACCUUCAGCAUCUACAGGUGAAAGCCAGAGAAGGGGAGGAGCUUUGGGUGGCAGUGGACGAGCGCUGUCAGAGACUUGAGAAGAGACUUCAUCGUGGAACAGCACAGGCACUUAUUGAGGAAAUGGAAAGAGAACGAAAACGGUGGAAGGACGUUGAGGAGGAAGUGAAAGAGGAGCACAUGAAGGCUGAAGAGAUGGUGUCUUUGUGGCAGGAGUACACUAACCUCCAUGACAGCUGCUCCCUUCACCUGCAACAUCUGUGGCCACAGUGGGAGAAACUGUUAACUCCAUCUCCUCAGCAGGACAUGCAGAUCAGGCUUCAGUCAGUGGAGAAAUUCCAGGAUGUUGCUGAAAGUGUGCAAACCAAUGUAGGAAAUGUGCUGGCCGCAUCAAACCCUCUUAUUAGCCGGUUAGAGCCACUGGCCAGGAGUUUAGUCCAAUCACAAACCAGGCUCCUGUCACGUGAUGUUCUUCUGCUGAGCCAGGCCAUAGCAGCGAAAAAGAAAACCCUUCAGGAGGAUUUUGAGCAACUGAAAUUAUUUCGGUCUUCUCUGGAGUCCCUGGUGAAUCAGACCCAGGACAUAGAGCACAAAGUGACGGCUGGUUUGACCGACCAGGACUGUGUGGAGCAGGUUCUCUCUGAACUUGGCGAUCUGUUUCCAUCACUGGUUGACGUCAGUGAGAUGAGUGCCAGUGUUUCCCUUAGCAACCAGGAGGCAGAGAAACUGUACAUACUCAGAAGGCGAUGGAUGGAAAUCAUGACUCACACAUCUAGCAUCAGCAGAAAGAUUCAGGCUGAGUAUCAGCUUUCACAGGACUUUGAGCUGAAGUGCAAGACACUGACAUCCAUUCAGGAAAAGCUGGAACGAGAGUCAACUUUCCAAAAACCCAGAGGCUUCUCCAGCGUCCAGGAGAUGUUUACUGUCCAUCAGAGGCUCAAGGCUGAGAUAAUUAUCCGUCACCAGCUCCUGCAUGGACUUCUCUGUGAUGCAGUAAAGUCAAUGGACAAAAUGACAGAGGAGAAAAAAUCUGAGAUGUUGGCUCAGGUGGCCAGUAUAAAGCACAGCUGGUUUAAUACAGUGGCUGCAGUUGGACAACGUAGGGCAGAAGUUAAGGACCAGUUCGGCCAGUGGAUCCGGUACCGAUGGGGUCUGAACCGACUUUGGAAACUGUUGAAGGACGUUGACCUUCUUCUGCCUCCUGCUGGACCUGCAAUGUGCCCACUGCAACAGAUGCAGAGUUGCAUGGAUCAUUAUGAGCAUGUGGAGGAGGCUUUGGGUCAUCACUCUUCUGUGUACUCCCAGACGCUAGAAACCGGCAGAAAUUUGUGUGAAACGAUGACAGAGGUUGAGACUCAACACCGAGUGCAGACAGAACUGCAGGCCAUCGAGGAGGCCUGGGAACGAACCACCUCACUACUGAAGAAGCGAAAAUCCCUGAUCAAUACAACUGUUCAGACGUGGGCUCAGUGUCAGGACAGAAUCUGCAACACCAUGUCUGAACUGGAUGAGCUGAAAACUGAACUGAAGCCUCAAAACCUUGAGGACGAGGACAAUGUGAUGCUCAUUCAGGAGACGGAACUCUCUCUGCAGUGUUUGGCCACUGGACUGAAGGAACUGGCCACCAUGAAGACGGACCUGUCCCAGUACGUCGGGGCUGGUGACUCAGCUCUGCUGGAGCAGCAGCUGGAGCAACUCCAUGCCCAGUGGGAAGAGCUGUGCACAAAGGUGUCUUUACGUAAGCAGGAGAUCGCAGACCGCCUGAACGCCUGGACCAUCUUCAACGACAAGAACAAAGAGUUCUGUGACUGGCUGGCUCAGAUGGAGAACAAAGUGUGCCACAGUGCAGACCUGAGCUUCGAAGAAAUGGUGGAGAAGCUGAAGAAGGACUGCAUGGAGGAAAUCAACUUGUUCAGUGAGAAUAAGAGCCACCUGAAGCAGCUGGGAGAGCAGCUGCUGUUAGCCAGUGAUGAGGCCAAGCAGAGCCAAGUCCACGGCUCACUGCAGGAGGUCAACCAGCGCUGGCACAACCUCUUCCACCACAUCGAGGCCAGGGUGAAAAAGCUGAAGGAGACUCUUGUGACGGUGCAGCAGUUGGAUAAAAACAUGAGCAACCUCCGCUCAUGGCUGUCACGCAUCGAAGCCGAGCUGUCCAGGCCGAUCACCUACAGCGUCUGUCACCACCAUGAGAUCCAGAGGAGGCUGGCUGAGCAGCAGGAGCUGCAGAGGGACAUUGAGCAGCACACAGAGGGCGUGGCGUCAGUACUCAGUCUGUGUGAUGUUCUGCUCCGGGAUGAGGAUGCUGCUGGGAGUACUGAGGCCGAGGGCGACUCUCUGCAGGAAACCAGUUACAGUCUGGACCAGCGCUGGAGGACCAUCUGUGCCAUGGCUCUGGACAGGAGGCUCAGGAUUGAGGAGACCUGGAGGCUCUGGUGUAAAUUCCUCGAUGACUACUCACGUUUUGAGGACUGGCUGAAGAUGGCAGAGCGCUCCGCUGCCAACCCAAACACUGCAAACGUCCUUUACACUGAAGCCAAAGAGGAACUCAAAAAGUUUGAGGGUUUCCAGAGGCAAGUUCAUGAACGGUUGACCCAGUUGGAGCUGGUCAAUAACCAGUACCGCCGGCUGGCUCGGGAAAACCGCACAGACCGGGCCAGUCAGCUCAAGGCCAUGGUCCAUGAAGGGAACCGGCGCUGGGACACCCUGCACCGCAGAGUGGCUGCCAUCCUCCGCAGACUUAAGUAUUUUACAAGUCAGAGGGAAGAAUUCGAAGGCACCAGGGAGAGCAUGCUAGUGUGGCUGACAGAGUUGGACCUACAGCUGACCAAUGUCGAACACUUCUCAGAGAGCGACGUUCAUCACAAGAUACAGCAGCUGAAUAGUUUCCAGAAGGAAAUCACCCUGAACACUGAGCGCAUUGAUGGCUUGAUAGUGUUUGGAGAGGGUCUGAUCCAGAAGAGCUCGCCACAGGACGCAGCGCUGAUAGAAGACGAACUGGAGGAGCUUCAUUCCUACUGUCAGGAGGUUUUCAGCCGACUGGUCCGUUUCCACCAGCGCCUCAGCCAGCCCCCUAUCACAGAAGAACCUGAAGUCUCAGCGACCAGCUUUUCUUUGGAGUCUAGCUUGGAGCUGAUUGGUCGACCGUGGCUUGGGCGGAGUCAAGGAAGUCUUCCGGCCACGCCCACCCACCUGCUGACCAAUCCUCUGUCGCGCUCAGGGCGGGAGACGCCGAUGAGCGUGGACUCUCUGCCCUUGGAGUGGGACCACACCGGGGACGUGGGAGGCUCAUCAUCACAUGAGGAUGACGAUGAUGAGGAACAUGAGGAUGAGGGAGCUUACUUCAGCGCAGUUUCAAGCAGGUCUGUAUGCGAAUCUCCAAGAUGGAGAUCAGAAGCAGAGGCCGAAACAGACCCUGAAGGCCACACUGAAACUCCACCCACCCUAACCAGUACGCCUCUAAAACAGGGGAGCUAUUUGCAUCUCAUGUCUCAGUGCAGUGGCAGCAUUGAAAGCUUUAAGAGGGUCUCACUGAUCCUGGAUGAUGAAGAACAACCACAGGAGCUUGGUCUGACGGGUGCGAUUAACACCGAAAAACAAUCAGGUGUCAUUGAGCGGUGGGAGCUGCUCCAGGCCCAGACCAGGACCAACCUACAGGCUGGCCCUCAGGAUCCUCAGCAGCUCACCUCUGACCUGGAUGACAUCACUUCCUGGUUGGAAAACGUUAUCCCAGGGCUGGAGGAGCUCCGGCGGUCUGACCCAGCAGCCAGUGUAGAGGACAUGACGGCCACAGCCAGAGAGCUGAAGGAGAUGCAGAAGAUGUUCACCCGCUACAAGUCUAUGAUGCUGGCGGUCAACCUGAGAGGUCAGGGAGUCCCAGAUCUCCAGCAGAGACUGUCUGAUGUGAACCGAGGCUGGAGCAGAGCAUGUACCGGCCUUCAGCAGUGGGACACCAGUCUGAGGAAGACACUGAUGCGCUGCCAGGAGUUCCAUGAAACGCUCCACUCUCUGCUGUUGUGGCUGGCCCAUGCUGAGAGCAGACGCUACGCAGUGGACAUCAAUAACCCACACACACCUGUCAGAGCCCUGCAGCAACACCACCACACACUCACUGAGUUGCAGGAGGAGCUGAAGCUCAGGCGGAGUCAGCAGGCCUCUCUGCAGGCUCUGUGGUCCCAGCUGCAGCCUGAGGAUGGAGCAGACAUCGAUGAAGCCCAGGAGAAACUCCAUGUGACGGGCAGUAAGCUGAAGCUCCUCCUGGGGCAGGUGGCCCAAGACCUGAGGACGAUGCAGCAGCGUCUGGAUUGUGAGUCUGUGUCAAACUUCCAAGUCCAAAAAGUAUCUGCAGAGGAUUCCAAGGAAGCUGAACACACAAAGAAAGGUUCCUCCACUCAAAGAGAGCUGAGAGACUCGUCCCCACCUCGCUCCUUCUUCUACCGGGUUCUUCGCGCCGCCUUCCCUCUUCACCUCCUCCUGCUGCUCCUGCUACUUCUCCCCGUUCUGAUUCCUCUGUCAGAGGGCGACUCCAGCUGCACUGUGGCCAACAACUUCGCCCGCUCCUUCUACCCCAUGUUACACUACACCAACGGCCCUCCACCCACAUGAUAAUACUGAUUUAUAAAGAGACUUCUUAAAAGCUGCAAGAAAUUCUUAAACAAAGUCCUGCAUUUUUGCAAAGCUUGGGUGAAAAAACUAUCCAAGAGAUCAGUCAGACCCAACUGCUUGGCUUUGUUUUGUCCAACUAGUUACAUGUUUUAUCGUAAGUAAGACUGAUUAAAAAAAAACAAAAAAACAUUUUGUAUACUGAAAACACUGGUUAAAUUGAAUGUAUUUAAUACAACUUGUAUGAAAUCACGUUUUUUUUUUUACAUUUGCAGAUUUUUCUAGGCUGGAGUAGACAUUUCCACAUGAACAAAUGCACUGUUGACACUAUAGAAAAGCAUCAUGUGUAUGUACAGAAUGUAAUAAUAUAAUGCUAUUUAUAAUGAUCAAAACAGUGGAUUUAUGCCCCUAAUUUUUUUUUGCUAGUAAACACUGUCAUUACUUUAUUUGUUCAGUCCAUUUUUUCCUCAUUGCAUUGAACUGCCCAGAUUGGAACAAAAAGCAGUGUGUGAGAAAAGCCCUAUUAAAUCCACAAACACACUGUUAAUUUUAGAUCCGGGAUUUAAUGUGAGGCACUGUAAUGGUAUGUUAAAGUUUCUUCUUUGCCACUAAACAGAAAAAAACAAUUUAAACCAGACAUUUGGGGAAUAUUUACAGCAUGGACAUGAUUCAUCUUACAGAGAAAUUGGGGUAAACAGAAAUUAUCCCAAAAUAAACAGUCUUAUGUAUUAAACUGGAUCCCAAUGAGUUGCAUAUAGUCUGCUACGAAUGUUUUGAAAGUUAUUUUGGUAUUACAGU